AUGGAAAUAAAUAGAAAUUUUUUAGGAAAAGUAGUAUUGAUUACCGGUUCAAAUAGAGGUAUCGGUGCCGGCAUUGCAACCGAGUUUGCCAAACGUGGCGCACAACUAGUUAUUACUGGACGUAAACCGGAACCGAUCCAAACUGUGGCCAAACGGUGCUCGGAUUUGUCGCCUAACGGUCGGACAGCACUGCCAGUUGUGGCCGAUAUUAGCCGUGAAGAUGAUUGCAAAAAACUUAUACAAACAACUGUCGAUGCGUUCAAUAAAAUUGAUAUUUUAGUCAAUAAUGCCGAUUAUGGAGACUAUUGCGAUCCAUUGGACCCGAGAUUUGUAUCAAAAUUAGAUAAAUUACUGGAUGUUCAGCUCAGGGCUAUUGUCCGACUGACACAGCUAUCGGUUCCCUAUUUAGCAAAAACUAAGGGAAAUAUUGUCAAUAUAUCAAUGAAUUUACGAACUUAUUCAGAGUUGGCAUUACAUUCAACAGCUAAAAGUGCAAUCAAUAUGUUUAGCAAAUGUGCGGCCGCGGGGUUAGCCUCCCAUGGGAUACGUGUUAAUAUAGUAGUUCCAGGAGUUAUGAUCACUAAAUCACUGCUGGGCUACGGUAUUACCCAUGAAAUGUUGAAACCGUUUGCUGAUAGACUACCGGUGCGUAGAUUAGGUAAAAUUCAGGACAUAGCCAGUGCUGUACUAUAUUUGGCCGAUUCAGUUGAGGCCCGUUUUAUUACCGGCCAUAGCCUCUAUGUGGAGGGAGGCGAAAAUGUGGCCCAUGUUUUCGUUGACGAUUAUAUUUAGAUAAAAAUAUAUUAUUUAUU